UAUGGUUAGCGUAACGUCUCUUCAAUGUCCAACUAAACCCCCAAAUUCACCCCCGUCCCUAAACGAAUGCACCUAAAACUCUGUGACCCCUUCUCCCUAAUUCUCAAUCUCUCUCGCAUUCGCAAAUUUUCCUGGGCUUUUUCUCUUUGAGUUAGCAGCAUUGUCAUUUUUUAAGAAAUCUUGGAAGAAUGUGGAAUCUUUCAAUGACCCAUUAUGGUUUCUUGAGCUACAGCGGGAUUUCUUGAUGUUUUUUGCUGAUUAAUGGUGAUAUCAAAAGGACUUCUGGGGGAAUUUGUGAGCGGUGAAUUCUCACUGUAACUCUGUGUGUAUAUGUGUUCUUGGCCUUGAUGAUGGUGGUUGCUGCUUCUGGAGCAGCUUCGACGACUGACCCACAGAACCGCAAAACCAGCGCCUCUCAAGAUGAGCAUUCAAGAAGGCCCCCAUUAUUGGCUUCUGAAAAAGAUAAUAGUAAUGGGGUUUCAGGCAAUACAUCCAAAAGGCCCAAAUCGAGAAUUGUCUCUUCAAGAUACAUGUCCCCUACAACCUCAAAUGCUUCUUCAGUUUCCUCAUCUUCCGUCUCUUCUAGAAGGUACCCGUCUCCUUUGGUUUCGAGAAACUCGACCCCGGUUUUGAAUACGCCUUCGUCGGGCCCAAAGAGGUCUGUCUCUGUGGACCGCCCGCGGUCCGUGUCUGCAAGGCCUUUAGCACUUGAUCUUGAUUCCAAGCAUAGCAAUUGCAGUAAUGAGGUUUCAGCUGCCACAAAGCUUUUGGUCACUUCUACUCGAAGAUUAUCUGUUUCCUUUCAAGGUGAAGCGUUUUCGCUUCCCGUUAGUAAGACUAAGGUGGCCCCACCUUCGUCUAAUUCGAGUAGUUUGAGGAAGGGCACUCCUGAGAGGAGGAGGAGCAGUACACCAUCGAGAGGGAAGGGCGAUGGAGGAGGAGAUCAAGAAGAGAAUACUAAGCCGGCCGAUCAGCAUCGAUGGCCAGCGCGGAACCGGCGAGUUAAUCCAUUGUCAAGGAGUUUGGAUUGUAGUGGUAGUGGUGAUGAGAAGAGUAAGCUCGCCGGAUCUGGAAAUGUGAUUCGAGCAUUGCAACAGUCAAAGAUUGAUGAAAGUAGGGAAUCCUUGGAUGGUAGGUUAAGUCUUGAUUUGGGCUGUUCCCAGCUUCUUAAGGCCGCGCCGGAUGGAAAUUUGGUAAAUAACGAGUCUUCUGUGCAAUCUGAUCUCACCGCAUCUGAUACGGAUAGUGUCUCUUCUGGUAGUACUUCAGGAGCUCAAGAAUGUGGUGGGACCUCCCAUGGCCGUAAUGGGCCUCGGGGAAUUGUUGUUUCGGCUAGAUUUUGGCAAGAAACAAAUAGCCGAUUGAGGAGGUUGCAGGAUCCAGGUUCACUCUUAUCGACAAGUCCUGGGUCCAAGCUGAUUGUGCCGUCAAAAUUGAAAAAGUUCCAGAAUGAUGGUCCGCUGACUUCCCCGCGAAUGAUGUCUUCUCCUAUUCGUGGAGGUAACAGAGCUGCAUCUCCCAGCAAACUUUAUACACCUGUCGGAUCAUCUCCAUCUCGGGGAAUCAGUCCAUCUCGGGUCAGAAAUGCUGUUAGUACAAUUAGCAAUAAUUUUAGUGAGGCACCCUCAGUUCUUAGUUUUUCCGUUGAUGUUAGGAGGGGGAAGGUUGGAGAGAACCGCAUUUUUGAUGCACACUUGUUGAGGCUUCUGUAUAAUCGACAACUGCAGUGGCGCUUUGUAAAUGCUAGAACUGAAGCUGUCCUGCUGGUGCAGAAACACAAUGCAGAGAAAAACCUAUGGAAUGCAUGGUUAACAAUCUCUGAUCUGCGUGAUACUGUCACCAAAAAAAGACACAGAUUGCAAUUGCUGAGGCAAAAGUUAAAACUAGCCUCCAUUCUCAAGGGUCAAAUGUCCUUGGAAGAUUGGGCUUCUUUGGAUAAAGACCACUCAAUAUCUUUGCUUGGAGCUAUUGAAGCUUUGAAGGCUAGCACUCUUCGUCUUCCGGUUGUUGGAGGAGCAAUUGUAUGUGGCCUUUGGUGUUCCGUCUCGGAACCUUGUGGGGUUAGGAGUAAAGCAUCCCGAGGUUGGCGCAUCUCGUUGAGCGUGGAGAAGCAUUGGGAACCCCAAUUUCUUUCUUCGGAGCCGUUUCUUUUCCCGUCCCCCCGCCCCGGCAUAGCGCUUCGCUUCCGGUUCUUCGGAAGAAUCAACUUACGUCUCCCUUCUUCAUUGAUCUGGGGGAAAAGGAAAGGUCUACCAGUUGGGAAGCUAGACAUCAAGUUGGGUUGCUGGAUACGGGAUCCUCGUAGUAGGCUGGACCAACAUCCACCCGAGAGAGGGCAGUCUUUAGAAACAACAGGGUGUACGUAUCCCAGACCUUCCUCGUUGGGGCUCCGCGCACUGAGAAAACGCUCUAGCGACGAGAAAGCGGCCACUAGUUACAAAGCUCCAAUAAAGGAGAGGGCUAGUCAGUAUAGUGGGUUGAAAGACAAGAGUGCCCUUCAACUUCAAGUAGGCUACUUUUUCCGGAACGCAGUCCGAGAUAACCGUAACCGGAAAAGAGAAGCGCUUUUGCUACUGAGAAAGCGAACGGUCAACGCGAAGGUUCAAGACUUAGCCGAGCGUUAG